UGAAAAUCUCCUUCUGUCAUGGCAUGUGUAAGAGUAACCUCCUCUUCAUUCUCUAUAUUCUUAUUUAACUUCCUUCUAUAUUUAGCAAAUCAUUUUAUCUCUUUCAUUCUCUUUCACAAAACCAAACACAACUGACAUUUAUUGAGGGUGUUUAGUGAAUGCACAAGCAAGGCAAAAACGUUUUUCAGAUUUUAAAGUUUCUGUGAGAACAUUUGGGAUCAAAUUACAUGUUUGUGUGAUUUAGGUGACCACAAAAUCUAAGGAUUAAAAACAAUUGAGGGGAGGUUACGGCUAUUACAUAUUGAUUAUUGUUUGUAACGGGGUGUUGUAAAUAAGAUUAAUUACGUUGAUAUUUGGUAUAAUCUGUCUGAACGGUGUGGAUAUAACGCUGGUUUAAGGGGUUGUACUGUGCAAUUUGGUGGAGGAUGCUGACUUUAAUCUGUGAAUUGAGCAUUACGAAGAUGAGUUAAGUAUUUCAAAAUGGAGAGUAAAGAAGAUUGUGAUGCACAAAAAGAUACGCCCUCAUCACAGAUUCGGGUAAUACAGAAGAUAUCUGAGGAUGCAGUUAAAGUGGCAGGGGAAGCACUGCCCUCAGGUGCCAAUUCAUUGGCGUCACGACAUAGGCGCAGUCAGAGUGAGAUUUUGACGGGGCAGGGGGGAAUUGGGCGUAAUAAUAGUUUUCAGAGAUUAAAAAGUCAGGUGCAGAGGGCUUGGCGAUGGGGUGGCUUGUUGCGGGAAGAUGAUGAUUACCGGUAUUGUUUCAAUCCUGAGGUCUUGGCAAACCAAAAACGCCAGUGGUAUCAGCUUCACUCAAAAUCAACAACCAUGGAUUAUACACAAUAUAAGGAGCCCACCUCACUAUUCGAACAUUUUAUUAUUGCGGGGCUUCAUCCAGAUGCCAAUCUUGAGUGUGUGGAGGAUGCAUUUGUGAGAAGAAAAAAGUGGGAGUUUGAGAUGGAAAAUUCUGAAGUGUUUGACUUAGGAAUGAUACAACCACGGGGUCCUUCACUUCCGACAUUUCAAUCUCAGAUACUUUUUAAAUAUCCUCCUGGGAAAAAGUUACCUCUGCGCAUCAAGGAUUUAGCCUCCUUCUGUUUUCCUGGGGGUGUUAAGGCACGGCUAGUGGAGAGGACUCCAUCACUAAGUGAUCUAAAUGAACUUGUAUAUGGACAGGAGCAUUUAAGCAGAGAUGAUUCAUCAUUUAUUUUUUCACUUAAGGUUGCCAACAGUGCUACACUUUAUGGCGUUUGUUUAUACAUAUCAGAAAUUGUCCAGAGACCACCUGCUAUCUUAGGAACAUCACCACUGCUUUCUCAGUCUUCUGGAAGAUGUAGCCGUUUUUUGAUUUCUGCGCCUCGCUGCUAUUGUUUGCUAACAAGGGUUCCUUUCUUUGAGUUACACUAUGAGAUGUUAAACAGCAUAAUUGCACAGGAGCGCCUGAAUCGGAUUACACAGUUUAUUAAUGAAAUGACUCUCACUGAGCUCACUCAUUCACCAUCAAAACUACAUGAUCCAAUAAAUGGCAGCAUUGACUCGCCGAAUGGGGAAUCUAUUAAUGAGUGGAUGGCCUCUGCAAUACCUGUUGACAAUGCAGUUGCCCUUACUGCUGCUGCUGCUGGAAUUAUACCAGAUGAUGAGAUCCCAUCUUCACUAAAGAUAUGGGAACCUCAUUCCCCUGAAAGUGUCACUGCUAGUGAGGCUUCAGAUAGUCAUUCAAAGGAAAUAGAUAAGGAUGACAAGAAAAAUUUGCAAUAUUUUGAUGACUGUGCAUCUGAGGCCUUAGAAAAUCGAUCUGAUAAUUUAGAAAGAAUUUAUGGAAGAUUUGAGAAUGGUCGAGCUUCUCCAGAGAUUGGGACAUGUUCUAGGACCAGCACACUAGAGCAUUUUGCAAGUUCUGAAUCUCUGUUCAGUCAAGCUAGAAGCAUGUUAUCAGAGGAUGAGGUCGAUGAUCUUUCCCCAAAUCAUGAAAGAGAAUUUGGGGAUGAUUUGAUAAUGGAGUGGGCUAGGGAACAUAAGAAUGAUUUGCUACAAAUAGUUUGUAGUUAUCAUGCUCUCCUCAUUCCACCUCGAGGAAGUGAAAUAGUUUUCCAGCCACUCAAGCAUUUACAGUCUAUUAAAUACAGCCGACAUCCAGUUUCUGCCCUUGGCAUUUCGGAAAAAGAUUUAGAUACAUUUGAAGCUGCUGAGGUCAAUGGAAAGUUGGCUUCUGCAGAAGAAGCUGUUGCACUCUCAUUAUGGACAACAGCAACGAUUUGUCGGGUUCUCUCAAUUGAAAGUGUUUUGGCUCUGGUUGCUGGAGUGUUACUGGAGAAACAACUGGUAGUAGUGUGUCCUAAUCUGGGUAUUUUAUCAGCUGUAGUGUUAUCUCUCGGUCCAAUGAUUCGUCCAUUUCAAUGGCAGAGUUUGCUUCUUCCAGUUUUACCAGGGAAGAUGCUUGAGUUUCUUGAUGCACCUGUUCCCUUUAUUGUUGGGUUACAAAAAAAACCUGCUGAUUUCAGGAUGAAAACAUCAAACCUUGUGCUUGUAAAUGUUCUCAAGGACCAGGUGAAGAUGUGUCGCAUACCAUCACUUCCUGGACAAAGAAAACUUGUCUCUGAACUCAGACCAAUCCAUGCUCAAUUGUCCUUUGAAAGUUCAAUUGCAAAAAGGCAUCCUGUGUAUAAAUGCAGCGAAGUGCAGGCUGAAGCUGCAACCCAAUUUUUGAACGUCAUGGGGCGGUACAUGGAGUCUCUUUGUUCUAAUUUUGGAUCUCAUACAAUAACUAGUGUACAAUCAAACAAUGACAGGGUUUCUUUACUUCUUAAAGAUAGUUUUAUUGAUUCCUUUCCUAGUAAGGACCGCCCAUUUAUCAAGCUAUUCCUGGAGACUCAACUGUUUAGUGUUCUGUCAGACUUUCGUUUAUCAAGAUUUGAAAAUGGCUACUGCUAACAAGUCAUGUGUUGGAUAAGGAUAUCAGAUGAUAAACUAAGAGCAAAUUUGAAGCCAGCAACAACUGUGAAUUAAUUUGCAGCCAAAAGAUUGUGUUAGUGAUCUUUCUAACUUCAAGUUGUGGUAGUAAUAUUUGAAUAUGCCUCACAGCAAUUAUCUGUACACACCCACCAACACCAAUAUGUCUCUUGUACAACCUACGACAAAUCAUCCCCUUUUUUGUCAGGGUAUGAUGAUGGGGUUACUCAAAUCUGUCUUAUGCCAAAUUCUUGUAAAUGUUAAAGUUAAACAUCAUUUGUAGAUUGACUGACUUUUUAAUUUAACUGUUGCUCCUGUUUUAUAUGUAA